UAAUCCAAAUACGAUGCAAGGGACAGUCGUGUUAAAAUGAAUCUUCAUGCUUUUGAUGUUCUUUAGCUGUGGACGAAGUUUUGUAGUAAUAGCUAAUGUAGUUGAGUAGCUAUGCCAAGUUAUUUAUUUACCUGGUUAAAGUAAACAAUACAGGUUGUACAGGUUUGUCAUGUAGUGUAAACGCCCACUAUGCGUUCAUGAUUUUCCACAAAUAUGAUAACCGUGCGUUCUCCAUCAACUAAUAUGCCUUUUUUUAUUUCGCCAAUAUGUUCAUUCGGAUGACAGAACGCCUCAGGUUUGAUCGAUUUCUCUGCUCCGCUAGUCAGGUCUUGCCCGUGAUCGACUCGCUGCUCUGUUUAUCAAAGGCGACUCUGUUUGGAUACUUCUCUUGAAGUGUUCAGCGGUUUUCUGGAACGUCGCAAAGCUCCCAACAGCGAUGUCGCAUUCCUGAGUAAAUGGAAGGAGGAAGAGUGAUAUGGCAGCCGACGACAAGUCCUCAUCUUCCUCUUCGACAGAAUGGAACGUCGAGCCACCUACUACAUCACCUGCGAGCCCAUCCCAUCUGACCCACUUCAAACCACUCACCCCUGAGCAGGAUGACCCCCCCCUCCGCUCAGCGUACAGUUCUUUUGUCAACCUGUUUCGCUUCAACAACAAAGAGGAGGGACGUCCCCCAUCAACUGUUCCAGAAAAGCCAGACGUGCCAUCCCCUUCUCCUCAGUCAGAGAGGAGAAGCUGGUCCACCAGUCCUUCCCCCUCACUCUACGGCGCAAGACAGAGAAAGCAACAUUCCGAUCAACUUCGGCGCACAUCCUCGGCAUCAGAUGGCAGCCGCAAGUCAGACACGCCACUGAGCAACCACGACCCUCGAACUGCUGUGCAGCUUCGCACUGUUCUGAAGAGGUUAAAAGAGAUAAUGGAGGGGAAAAGCCAGGACAGCGAUCUCAAGCAGUACUGGAUGCCAGACAGCCAGUGUAAAGAGUGCUACGACUGCCACGAGAAGUUCACCACCUUCCGUCGGCGGCACCACUGCAGACUGUGUGGCCAGAUCUUCUGCAGCCGCUGUUGCAACCAGGAAAUCCCUGGGAAGUUUAUGGGCUACACAGGAGACCUCCGGGCGUGUACAUACUGCCGCAAAAUUGCCCUCAGCUACGCUCACUCAGCUGAGUCCGGCUCCAUCGGUGAGGACCUGAGCGUGUUGUCGGACUCCUGCUCUGUGUCGGUGUUGGAGCCCAGCGAACCUCGGACGCCAGUGGGAGGGCGUAAAGCUAGUCGCAACAUCUUCCUAGAGGAAGACCUGGCCUGGCAGAGAAAAACUCCUAUUGGGAUGAGAAAAACUAUGAUUCACCAGGAGCCUCAGAACAGUGGACUUUCCAGGUUGUCGACACUCAAAGAAGACAUUGGGAAGUCUCCAGCUCGGAAGAGGUCUGCCAGCGUAACUAAUCUUUCCCUUGAUCGGGCCGGAGCCUCCAUGGUGCCUUCCUACAACAGCUCAGUUAGUCCGCCAACAAGUCGAGCCAUGUCGGGGACCAAGAGUGGAGGCAAGCUGGACCACAGCGAGGAGGAACGGAAGAGUAUCCUGGACUCAUCUCAGUUGAAGGACUUGUGGAAGAAGAUAUGCCACAACAGCACAGGGAUGGAGUUUCAGGACCACAGAUACUGGCUGAGGACGUACCCCAACUGCAUUGUGGGGAAAGAACUAGUGAACUGGCUGCUUAGGAAUGGCACCAUGUCCACAAGGGCCCAGGCCAUUGCCAUUGGUCAAGCUUUAGUGGACGGCCGCUGGCUGGACUGUGUCACUCAUCAUGACCAACUAUUCAGAGAUGAAUAUGCUCUCUAUCGGCCUUUGCAGAGUACAGAGUUCUCAGAAACGCCGUCUCCAGACAGCGACAGCCUAAACUCGCUGGAGGGCCAUUCUGAGCCGUCCUGGUUCAAGGACAUCAAAUUUGAUGACAGCGACACAGAGCAGCUGGCCGAUGAAACCAAUUACACAAUGCUGAACUCUGCCAGCCCCAGUAAGAGGACAUCCGUCAGCAGUUUCCAGUCAGUGAUGGACAGUGACUCAGCGGCCUCCAUCAACCUCAACAUGGAGCAAAACAAUGUCAAUUUCCACAUCAAGAAACAAUCCAAAUACCCACACGUGCCUGCUUCUUCAGAACAGAAAGCUGAAAUCCUGGUGUCUGAGGACGGGGGACAGAACAUUGUCAUCAGCGAUGCCUUCAUCAAAGAAUCUCUGUUCAACCGCCGUGUGGAGGAGAAGGCUAAGGAGCUGCUCUUCACUCCACUGGGGUGGCACCACAGCUCUCUGGACCAGCUCCGAGAGGAGAACGGAGAGAAGAAGGCCAUGGAGAGGCUCCUCUCUGCCAACCACAGCCACAUGAUGGCGCUCCUGCAGCAGCUGCUGUACAGUGAGUCUCUGUCUCUCUCCUGGAGGGACAUCAUUGUCCCCGUGGUCUGCCAGGUGGUCCAGACAGUGCGGCCUGAUGUCCGAAACUGUGACGACGACAUGGACAUACGCCAGCUGGUUCAUGUGAAGAAGAUUCCGGGCGGUCGCAAGUUCGACUCCGGUGUGGUUAAUGGAUUUGUUUGCACAAAGAACAUCGCCCACAAAAAGAUGAAUGCCUAUAUCAAGAACCCCAAGAUUCUGUUGCUGAAAUGUUCCAUAGAGUAUCUUUACCGAGAGGAGACCAAGUUCACCUGCAUCGACCCCAUCGUGCUCCAGGAGCGGGAGUUUCUUAAAAACUACGUCCAGCGCAUCGUGGAUGUUCGGCCCAACCUGGUGCUGGUGGAGAAGACGGUGUCUCGGAUCGCUCAGGACAUGCUGCUGGAACACGGCAUCACUCUCGUCAUCAACGUCAAACCUCAAGUUCUGGAGCGGGUGAGCCGAAUGACCCAGGGUGACCUGGUGAUGUCCAUGGACCAACUCCUGACCAAACCUCGCCUUGGGACCUGCCACAAGUUCUAUAUGCAGCCGUUCACUUUAGCCAAUAACAAUGUGAAGACUCUGAUGUUCUUCGAGGGCUGUGCUCCUCACCUGGGAUGUUCGAUCAAGCUGCGGGGCGCCGCGGAAUACGAGCUGGCCAGAGUGAAGGAGAUCCUGAUGCUGAUGUUGUGCGUGGCCUACCACUCACAGCUUGAAAUCUCCUUCCUCAUGGAUGAGUUUGCCAUGCCGCCCAGUUUGACCCAGUCCACCUCCCUGCCCUGCCUGCUGGAGAGCACCUCAGCCGUUGAGGACACCGAAGAGGAGAGAGACACACUCACAGAUGACACGACUGCGGAGGCUGAUACUGAUGUCUCUACCGUGGUGGCCCCGCCUGAAGGCGAAGGCUUCUCUCACGAGUCUCUGUUCCUACCUGAAGAAAAGGACAAGCCGAAGCCUAAAUCCUCUUCUGUGCAGUCAGAGGAAGCCGGAGAGUCUUUAACCUCAUCGCCGUUCUCCAGCUUUCCGGACCCCUCGCUCCUCGUCUCCCCACCCUUCCUCAUGGAGGAGGACCUGCAUUCGAAUUCUGAGAAAGAGGAAGUCCGGGAAGAGUCCCUGGAGGAUGAGGACGCUUCAUCGAUGCCAACACCCAGAUUGUUCCGUGACCCUCUGCAGGAUGACACGGGACUGUUUGUGGCCGAGCAGGUGGCUUCUUCUGAUGACCGCCUCAAGUCCAUCGCCGCUGUUUUCAAGCAGGAACUGAAGGAUAUCAUCCUCUGUAUCUCGCCGUUUAUUACCUUCAAGGAACCAUUUCUUCUGACUCCAGUUGGCAUGCACUGCCCCAGCCGGGAUUACUUUCCUGAGCAGGUUUACCUCUCUCUGCUGUUGGACAAAGACUACAAGGAGCUGGACGGGCGCAGAAAGCGCCUCCUCCUCAAAGACUCCCCUCCUUCCUCCCUGAUUGGCCAGCAGAUAAACGGCGGCGUGAAACAAAAGCCCAUUGACGUCCUCCCCUGUCACAGCCUGACCAGCACUCGCAUCGUGGAUCAGCUGAGUAACAACCAGGAUCUGGCCAAGAUGCUCGCCGAGUACAGAGCCAAGGGCGGCCGGAUUAGGCAACGAGAAGCGAGCGACCCGUUCAACGCCUCACAGAAUCUGACCAACGGGCACGGCAGGGCUGAAGAGCAGAAGCAGCCAGUGAAGGCCGACAGUGAAGAGGAGAAGCCGAACAAACAGAAUGACAUCAGCUGGGCGCCAAAGCUGGACUGCCUCAACCCGGUGAACCAUCAGAGACUGUGUGUUCUGUUCAGCAGUUCGUCCGCUCAGUCCAGCAACUCCCCAAACCCCUGCGUCAGCCCUUGGAUCGUCACCAUGGAGUUUUACGGCAAGAACGACCUCUCUCUUGGCGUCUUCUUGGAGAGAUACUGUUUUCGUCCUUCCUACCAGUGCCCCAGCAUCUUCUGUGAGACCCCCAUGGUUCAUCACAUCCGCCGCUUUGUGCACGGCAACGGUUGCGUGCAGAUCGUGCUGAAGGAGCUGGACUCUCCUGUCCCCGGUUACCAGCACACCAUCCUCAACUACUCCUGGUGCCGCAUCUGCAAACAGGUCACUCCGGUGGUUCCUCUCUCGAACGACUCGUGGGCCAUGUCCUUUGCCAAGUACCUGGAGCUGCGUUUCUAUGGUCACCAGUACACCAGGAGAGCCAACGCCGAGCCUUGCGGUCACUCCAUUCACCAAGAUUACCACCAGUAUUUCUCCUACAACCAGAUGGUGGCGUCGUUCAGUUAUAUUUCCGUGCGACUGUUGGAGAUUUGCCUUCCUCGACCAAAGAUCUUCAUCAGGAAUUUGGGGCCCAGCAAGAGCAACCUGCAACAGGACCUCAAGGACUUCUCUCAAAAAGUGUCUCAGGUGUACGUGGCUAUAGACGACCGUCUGACUUCCCUGAAGACUGACACCUUCAGUAAGACGCGAGAGGAGAAGAUGGAGGACCUGUUUGCUCAGAAAGAUAUGGAGGAGGCAGAGCUGCGCAGCUGGAUCGAGAAGCUGCAGGCGCGACUGCAGUCCUGUGUUCUAGACUCGCCGCAGCAGCUCCAGACAGUGCUGGAGUCACUGGUGAUGAAGAAGCAGAGCCUGUGUGAGAUGCUGCAGUCGUGGAACAACAGGCUGCAGGAGCUGUUCCAGCAGGAGAAGGGCCGGAAGCGGCUGUCAGUGCCACCCAGCCCGGGCCGACACCGGCAGACCAACGACGAGAGCAAGAACGCCCUGGACUCUUCGCCCCGGAACUCCUCGCCCGUGGUCCAGAAUGGUGACAAAGAGGAUCGCUACCUGAACACCAUCCCGUCCACAUCCUCCCUGCUGCCGUCGCCUGGGGAGCUGGGAGCCGAACCCAUGACGCCCUGCCCUUCCUUCACAGAGCAGGACUCCGUCAGCCUCCCGGAGGAUGUUUUUGACGGACACUUGCUGGGCUCCACUGACAGCCAGGUGAAGGAGAAGUCCACCAUGAAGGCCAUCCUCGCCAACUUCCUGCCGGGGAACAGCUUCAACCCCAUCCCCUUCCCCUUUGAUCCCGACAAACACUACCUGAUGCAGGAGCACGAGCGUGUGCCCAUUGCCGUAUGUGAGAAGGAGCCCAGCUCCAUCAUCGCCUUUGCUCUCAGUUGUAAGGAGUACAAGACGGCGCUGGAGGAACUGUCGAAGGACUCGAACGUGGCGGUGGAGGAGUCUCCCGGCGUCAGCGCCAGGAGCAGCCCGGCCAGACCGAGCGAGUCGGCUUCAUCCCAGCCGAGCCGCUCCAGCAUGGACACGGAUCCGCUCAAGGAUGCAGACCUGGCGGACAAGCAGAAGAAGGUCACCCAGAACCCUCACAUCGAGCUGCAGUUCUCCGACGCCAACGCCAAGUUCUACUGCCGGAUCUACUAUGCCGAGGAGUUCCACAAGAUGCGUGAGGAGAUCAUGGAGAGCUCGGAGGAGGACUUCAUCCGCUCGCUCUCCCACUGUGUCAACUGGCAGGCCAGAGGAGGGAAGUCUGGAGCUGUUUUCUACGCCACAGAAGAUGACCGGUUCAUCCUGAAGCAGAUGCCUCGACUGGAAGUCCAGUCCUUCCUGGACUUCGCGCCGCACUACUUCACCUACAUCACUGGAGCCGUGCAGCAGAAAAGGCCGACGGCGCUGGCCAAGAUUCUGGGUGUUUACCGCAUCGGCUACAAGAACUCGCAGAACAACACGGAGAAGAAGCUGGACCUGCUGGUGAUGGAGAACCUGUUUUACGGGAGGAAGAUGGCUCAGGUGUUCGACCUGAAAGGCUCUUUGAGGAAUCGGAAUGUGAAGACCGACACGGGGAAGGAGAGCUGCGAGGUGGUUCUGCUGGACGAGAACCUCCUGAAGCUGAUCCAUGACAACCCUCUUUACAUCCGCUCGCACUGCAAGUCGGUGCUGCGCGCCGCCAUUCACAGCGACGCCUACUUCCUGUCCAGCCAUUUCAUCAUCGAUUACUCCCUGCUGGUGGGACGAGACGACGCCACCGACCAGCUGGUGGUCGGGAUCAUCGAUUACAUCCGGACGUUCACUUGGGACAAGAAAAUCGAGAUGGUGGUGAAAUACACUGGAAUCCUGGGGGGUCAAGGUAAGAUGCCCACGGUAGUCUCCCCCGACCUGUACCGCACUCGCUUCUGCGAGGCCAUGGACAAGUACUUCCUGAUGGUUCCGGACCACUGGACCGGCCUGGGAAUGAACUGCUGAUCCCAGUGCCGCAACACAACAACAAACUUUCGGAGUCCCAAAACAUUUCCAUACAACAAGCACACUGGACCAUGUAAAUAUUUUAUUGAUCGCGCCAUUCCUCCGACACUUUUAAUCACUUGAGAUGUUUUUUAAUCCAUAGAGCCAAAGUAUCCACUCCAGUUUUGUUACCGUGACACGAGUCCGCCACUUUCAGAAAGUAAAUUGUGACUUUAGAGUUUGUUAAUGUACAGAAAUUAUGUAAUUAUUAAAAGAUUAUUGACACUGAUCGUCCUGGAGGUUGG